CAGGGUUUGGGUUUGGGCUUCUCAUUUAACUAAAAAUUAAAAAAAAAAAUAAAGAAAGAAAAGAAAUAUAAUAAGUCAAUCUCAUUUGACAAUCAGAUAAUAGACAAAUUUUCCAAUUUUUGGAACAAUUUAUCCAUUGUAUUUUUCUCAUCACUUUGCUGUUAGAUGAUCCUGUGAGAUGUUUGUUUUGGGUAUUUGAUGAUUGGUAAUUUCUGGUUAAACAAAUGAAAUGGGAAAGCAACGAUCUUUUCGUAGUAAAGCAGUAAAUCUUGUCUCAGACCUCACCACUGUCCUCCUUAACCCCAUUUCUGAUAAAAUCUCCAAGAAUCCCCCUUCUCCUCCUGAGAAUAAUGAUGUUGACUCAGGGCAAAGUCAGCUUGAAUCAAUUUGUGAGGAGGGUUCUGUAACUUCAGUUGAUGGACCUGAUACCUCAUCUUUCACUGCCUUCCUUUAUUCUCUUUUAAAAGAUGAUUACUUUAGUGCCGAAAGAGAUGACGGGCCGCAGAAUAAUAAUAUAGAACCUGUAAAAGAUGAAUCUGAACCUGAAAUUGAAAUUAAGCCUGAACAUGUAAAGGCGGAACCAGAAAAUGUGAGUAUAGUGAGAGAGAGUGGUGGAAGGAGAGGGUUGAUUUCUAAGGGGAGACAGUCUAUUGGUAAAGCUAUGAAUUAUGCUGCCAAAUUAGCAUGGUUCCGGAAUCAAGCAUCAGAGAGAAUGCCCAAGUCUGAAGCUAAAACUGAUGGUAAAGAUGGAAGUCAGGAUGGAGGAAAUAUAAGGCUAAUGGAGAGUGUAGCUGAACUCCCAGACAUGUCUGAUAAGUCAUUGCUUCUUUCGCAGAAAACCCGGAUCAUACUAUAUGCUUCCCUUCCAUCACUUGUCAAGGGGAGGAAAUGGGUGUUGCUCUACAGCACGUGGAAGCAUGGCAUAUCACUCUCAACCCUGUACCGGAAAAGCAUGCUCUGCUCUGGCUUGAGCCUGCUGGUGGUUGGUGAUCGAGGUGGUGCAGUUUUUGGCGGCUUGGUUGAGGCGCCUCUUAAACCUUCUAAAAGCAGGAGGUAUCAGGGGUCAAAUAGCACAUUUCUUUUUACCGAUGUACCUGGCCAGCCGAUUAUAUAUCGUCCCACAGGUGUAAAUCGAUAUUAUACAGUGUGUUCUCCUGAUUUCCUAGCAAUGGGUGGUGGUCGUCACUUUGCACUCUACCUUGACAGUGAUCUAUUAAAUGGAUCAAGUGCAGCGUCUGACACCUAUGGGAAUUCUUGCCUUGCUCUUUCCGAAGACUUUGUGGUGAAAGAAGUUGAGUUAUGGGGCUUUGUAAAUGCUUCGAGGUACGAGGAAAUUCUUGCUUUAAGUCAGAAUGAGCUACCUGGUAUUUGUAGAUGGUGACUUGUAAACAGUUAAUAAUACCGGAGCAAUUAAGCUUCUGGAAUCACGAUUUUGCCAGGUUGUAGGUGCUGUUUUAACUAACGCGUGAAUGCCCAACAUUGUAUAUAUUCAACUGUAUCAUCUACUGUUUUACCAUGACAAUGGGAAGAAACCUUAAGCUACUGCUUUUGUACAUAAAUAUAAAGUUGUAUGUAUAGAGUACCAGCAAAAUUUCUGCUGUGGGAUUACUUGAUUUAGAUUAGUAAGAUUUUCGCCAAUGUCCUUAUUUCUCUUCAGGAUUUCAAAUGAGUUAAGCUAGCUAUCUUGUAGGA